AUGCCUUCACGCCGCAGUCAUACCAAGUCCCGAAAGGGCUGUCUCCAAUGUAAGAAACGGCAUGUGAAGGAUCCACCCGACGUGACUCCGGGUCCGGACGGGGAUGCGCUAUCGACACGGAUGCUGGAGAUGAGACUCUUCCAUCAUUAUGUAACAGAGACCUAUAUCACCCUCUGUCAAGGGCGUCUCGAUGCCAAUCACUUUCAAGUAGUCAUCCCACGAAUCGCGGUUGCUCAUCCCUUUCUGCUGGACAGUCUUCUAGCUCUCUCUGCGCUGCAUCUGGCCUAUCUUGAGACACAUGAUAACCAUUCAUGGCUCGAGGUCGCCCUGAAAUACCAGAACCGAGCGUGUUCUGCAUUCAGUCGUGUAUUGGCAGAGAUGUCACCCGCGAACUGCGGUCCAGCCUUCAUAUGUUCCAUCUUCAUCAUGCUCUGCGCAACGGCCUACCCAUGCGUUACCCAAGACAGGCAAACAUUUGAGCCUCUGUCCCACGUGUUGGAGAUCCGCCAGCUCAUAGCCGGCUGUGCCUUUCUCUUUGAGCAACUUAACGGCAUGGAAUAUCGGGGAGAUUUGCAGGGGUGGCUGAAGUACAAGGAUGAUGAAGUCGAUCAGGACGGCAACCCCUAUAGCGCCAUACUGAAAUCCAUGCAACGGGUACAUGUGAAAUAUACGAGCCUGGGCGGGCCGCACCAAGCCACUUACCAAGGGACCUGGAACAUUCUCCAUGAAGCCAUCAAACGAUGGCCGUUUGGUGGCCCCAACGGGGGUGUGAUUGCAUGGCCCAUCAACAUCGGCGAAGACUAUAUCGCCCUCUUGCAAAGCGGAGAUUGGGUGGCCCGGGUGCUAUUUCUCCACUACGGGGUCGGACUGCACCUUCUCUCCGACAAGUGGUUUGUCCGAGACUGGGGGCGACGUCUUAUCGAAACUGUCUUGCAGGCGGAGGAAGACGUUCCCUCCAUAUGGGCUGAGACUAUAACCUGGACGAGAGAGGCAUCCCAAUUCGGUCUACGCCGGAUCCGGAUCCCAUUCUCUUGUAACAUGCAGAGCAACCAACCAAACCAACAUCUAAGCCAAGAUGCGGAGAAGCAGCCACUCCUCGGACCCCUCGAGACCCCGGUCGCGCCAUCGCGAUUGGGCUUAUCGCACGAUAAGCGACUCAGUCCUCCAACCAUGUUCCGCCUCAUGAAAUUCACCGUUCUCUCGACACUACUGUUGACAGUCUUGGUGAUCCAGCUUCCAAGUGUACUCACCUCGCCACUGGACUUUGCGACUCGCCAGCUAGUCCGGGAAGAUGGCUUAGAGGAUGGAAAGCGAGGGGCAGUGGCCAGCGAGAGUGCGAUCUGCAGUCGCCAUGGAACCGACAUAAUAACCAUGGGUGGAAAUGCUGCGGACGCUGUAAGAACCUCCGAGUUGGAUUGGUCGCUUCUGUGGCGCUAUGCUAACCCCAAUCCCGCAGAUGGUGGCCACAAUGCUCUGCGUAUGUACCACAGCGGCAUUGGAGGAGGUGGUUUCAUGCUGGUCAAGACUCCUGAUGGCUCAUUCGAGUUCAUCGACUUCCGCGAAACUGCUCCGGCGGCCGCUUUUGAGGAUAUGUUCAACAAUAAUACGAAUGCGGCCACCAUCGGAGGCCUCGCAAGUGGUAUACCCGGUGAACUGCGGGGUCUCGAGUAUCUCCAUAGCAAAUACGGCUCUCUCCCCUGGUCGACGGUUGUGCAGCCAGCGAUCCAAACCGCUCGUGAUGGGUGGUCAGUCGGACAGGACCUGAUCCGCUACAUGGAAGCAGCCGUUGGGGACGGGGAAGACUUUCUGUCUCGGGACCGUACCUGGGCACUCGACUUUGCCCCCAAUGGCACCCGACUCGGUCUUGGUGAUAUCAUCACCCGAAAACGGUAUGCGGCCACGCUGGAGACAAUUGCAGAUCAGGGGCCAGAUGCCUUUUACUCGGGACCAAUCGCGAAGACCAUGAUUGACGCGGUGCAGGCCGCUAAUGGUACGAUGACGCUCGAGGAUCUGGCCGGUUACACUGUCGCUAUCCGAAAUGUUUCCCAGAUAGACUACCGUGGUUAUCGAAUCACCAGCACGACAGCCCCAUCUAGUGGCAUCGUUGCGAUGAAUGUACUAAAGGUGCUCGGCACAUAUGAUAACUUUUUCGGCUCUGAUACUUUGAACUUGAGUACUCAUCGGAUGGAUGAGGCAAUUCGUUUUGGAUAUGGGUUGAGGACCAACCUAGGGGAUCCAUCUUUUCUCGAUGACAUGGACAAGUAUCAGGCGAUGAUGCUGGCGGAUUCCACCAUUGGUGAAAUUCGAGGGAAUAUCUCCGAUCUGCAAUCCCAGGCCGUGUCUGCAUACGACCCAGAGGGGCUAGAAAGUCUUGAAACGCCGGGCACCUCGCACAUUGCCACCAUCGACCAUUCGGGGCUUGCCAUUUCUGCGAUCACCACCAUCAACCUGCUCUUUGGCUCACAAGUGAUGGUUCCUGAGACUGGUAUCAUAAUGAACAAUGAGAUGGACGACUUCUCGAUCCCCAAUUCGUCCAAUUCGUUUGGCUACAUUCCCUCUGAGGCCAACUUCAUCCGACCUGGGAAACGCCCGCUGUCGUCUAGCACUCCGGCCAUUGUUACGCAUCCUAACGGGACGGUGUUCUUCGUCGCCGGCUCGGCAGGAGGUAGUCGAAUCAUCACCGCCACCAUUCAAAACAUCAUCCACGCUGUCGAUCAAGGCCUGUCAGCAGCGGAAGCCCUGAUCCAGCCACGCCUCCAUGACCAACUGAUCCCGAAUCAUGUUACCUUUGAGUAUACAUACGACAAUGAGACGGUUUCCUUCAUGGCUGCAAGGGGUCACAAUGUGACUUGGGUUGCCCCGGGUCAAAGUACCGCCCAUGCCAUCCGGGUUUUGCCGAAUGGAACGUUUGAUGCUGCCGGGGAACCCCGGCAGGCCGACUCUGGAGGGUUCGCUGUUUGA